UAGUUAUCGUCCCCUUUAGUAUAUAUAUGUAUCUACCGCCUUUCCCCAUUGUUCUGCAUUUUUCCAAGCAAUUCGAACCCAAGAAAGUAGAUUUCAGAGAAAUAUCUUUGCUUAGUUUGGUCGUGAAUAAGAAAUCAAUUCUGUAAACUGAUUAUUUUGAUAAUUUUGCCCCAGAGAUGGAGUCGAGUAACGGGCUACUUUCUUAUUACAGCAUUCUUGGGGUGCAUGCUCACUCUUCCGAUGAAGAAAUACGACGUGCCUACCGUAAGCUUGCUAUGCAAUGGCAUCCAGAUAAAUGGACUAAAAAUCCAACACUGCUUGGUGAGGCUAAGCAGAAAUUCCAACAAAUUCAAGAAGCCUAUUCAGUGCUAUCGGAUAAAAGGAAGAGGACAAUGUAUAAUGCUGGGGUUUAUGAUCCUGAUGGCGACGAUAAGGAUGUCGAAGGAUUUGCUGAUUUUCUUGAAGAAAUGGUCUCUCUUAUGGAUGAUGUGAGGAACGAGGGUAAGACCUACAGUGUUGAUGAACUACAAAGUAUGUUUUGGGAGAUGGCUCGAGGUUUUGAGACUACUCAAUGGACAAAUUCUCCUCAGCAAUCUAUAUAUGAGUUUCAAUGGUGCUCUGGACAUGGUCUUUAUAGUUCUGGAACUCCAAUGGGAAGUUCGUGGGAAGCAAGUCUAAUGGAUGGCAGCCCGCAUUUACACAGGUCAGCCUACGAAAUGUAUGCAGCAAAUAGGUUUUGUCAAUGAGAAAUAGGUGAAGCCUCCGACUAGCUCUUUGUGCCCUUUGUGCCCAUCUGAAGGAAGAAUACAUUUUUUCUCCCCAAGGCACGAACUGAUGUAACCUGGUAUAACAGUGUGUUGCCUUUGAGAUUAUAGAUUGAAGAAGAGCCAUUUCUGUCAAUAAGGGAUAUAAGAUAGAGUUGUUGAUGUAGUUAUGUAGUUACUUCGAAGUGCCUAUUCAUUUUCUGAUUGUGGUUUAUUGAGGAAAUAUAGUCUGUUUAAAGAAGUUUACAGCUGAAAUUUAUUCGUGUGCAAUGCUACUUUAAUUAUUAUGCUA